GUUGACUUAGUCAACUAUACAAUUAAUGAACUACGUGUUCAAACUAAACACUGCAAUAUUACUGACGUUGACUUGUGGCGUAGUCACUCUUCCUUCCAUACACAUUACAUUACAUUACGUUGCCUCUGCGUACGAAGACGGAUCCUCCAAUGGCAGCACCAUCGCCAUGGCGACUAGCUCCUCACAACCUCUACCCUCAAUCCUCAUCGUCCUCCUCCUCCUCAACCUCGCCGACGUUUCUGGUAGCGGUUCCGACGAUCGCAUUUCGAUCAACUGCGGUUCGGCAUCACCGUCGGCGUCGCUCACUCGCAGAGAAUGGCUCGGCGACGUUUACUCGUCAUUCUCAUCGUCUCCGGUGACACUCAAGGGGAAUUCGUACCGAACGUCUGCGAGGAGCGUGCAGCCGAUCGAUCCAGUACCGUACAGUUCGGCGAGGAUUUCCACUUCCCAAUUUUCGUACAAUUUUAGGCUCAAUUCAGGUCAGAAGUAUGUUCGUCUUCAUUUUAACCCUACACCGUACAAAUUCAGCUCUGGAAUUUUCAAUAAAUUGGUGGAUUGUUUCAGCGUCGAGGCAGGUCCGUUUACGCUGCUUAGUAAUUUCAGUGCUUCGAUUACUGCUCGUUCUCUUGGUCUGAAUGUUGUUACUAAGGAAUUCUGUGUAAAUGUAAAAGAGAAUAUACCUUUCAGCCUUGUUUUCACCCCUGCAAUGGCUGAAAAUCCGUCGAAAGAGUUUUACGCUUUCAUUAAUGGGAUUGAGAUUAUCUCUGUGCCUUCUGGUCUUUCUUACUGCCAUGAUGAAGAUGUUGGGGUCGAAGUUGUGGGGCAGAAAUCUGUGAUUUAUGUUGAUAGCUCAACUGCUCUUGAAAUGGCUCAUAGAGUGAACGUGAAAAGGGAUUUUGCAUCUUCCAUGGUAGAUGAUGAUUCUUUUGGCAUGUUUAGGAUGUGGCCAUCGAACAAGGUUAGCUAUAGAACAUGGAAUGUAUCUGUGGAUGUUGGAUUUAGGUAUAUGAUUCGGCUUCAUUUCGAUCAGCUGGCGCUGAAAAUGGCGGAAAAUGGAACCAAGGAUUUUAUGAUUCUUAUCAAUGGCAUGAUUGCUGUCACAAAUGCUGAUUUGGUACAAGAAAGGGAAGGGAAAGGUGUCUUGUGGUAUAAGAAUUGUAUGGUUAUGGUGAAUGGAAACAAGCUAGAAGGUAGACGUGCUAUCUUGAUUUCCUUGCACUCGAGAGAUGAAGCCGUGGAUGGAAUUGGAGGUCCGCUCGAAGGAUUUGAAAUCUUCAAGUUAAGUAACCAUGACAACAGUCUUGCGAGUCCGAAUCCUUUGCCUCUUACAGCAGAUUCAAUUCCCAUCACUUCUCGAAAUUUGUUAGCCACUCUCGGUCCCAUGAAUUCAAUUUUAGCUGUUGUUGUCGUUCUAACUUGUUUGGUGAGCAUUUUUGUGCAUAAGGUGCAGCAGAGUAGGGGAGUUAGCUUGCCUGAGGAGGAAGACAAGCCAUUGACAAGAUCUGAAAGACUCUGUCUUCGAUUUUCACUUGCUGUGAUGAAAACUGCCACAGAUAAUUUUUUCGAUGGAUUUGUCAUUGGAAAGGGAGGAUUUGGUAAAGUCUACAAGGGAAAUAUAGAUAAUGGAAAACUGGCUGUGGCUAUAAAACGAUUAAAAUCAAGCUCCAAGCAAGGGAAGCAGGAGUUUCAGACGGAGAUUGAAUUGCUUUCUGAGCUCCGCCAUGUUAAUGUAGUCUCUCUGGUUGGUUAUUGCAGUGAGGAUCGAGAGAUGAUUCUUGUUUAUGAGUAUAUUCCCUGUGGAUCAUUAGCUGAUCAUCUCUACAAACUUGCUAGGAAAAACAUUGCCACUUCUCUGUCAUGGAAGCAACGGCUUGAAAUCUGUAUUGGAGCUGGUCGAGGAUUGGACUAUCUUCACACGGGCCAUGGGAUUAUACAUCGUGAUAUUAAAUCUUCGAACAUAUUGCUCGAUGAAAAGUUUGUGCCUAAGGUUUCAGAUUUCGGCUUAGCAAAAAUUCGUACUGGACAAAGCAACGGUAGCACAAAUUUUAAAGGCACAUUUGGAUACUUUGAUCCGGAUUAUUUCAGAACUCGUAGAUUAACGAUGAAAAGUGACACAUAUUCCUUUGGUGUGAUGUUGUUAGAAGUGUUGUGUGGGAGACCAGCACUGCAGCCAUCGGCAGAGGUGGAAGAGCGAAGUCUAACUAUGUGGGCUCGGGAUAAAAUUGAAAAGGGAGAUAUUGAUCAGAUUAUAGAUCCAAAUCUGAGGGAUGAAAUCUCUUCAGCUAGUUUGAAGGCAUUUCUGAGGAUUGUGGAGAGAUGCUUGCAGGAUGAACCUAAGAAAAGGCCAGCAAUAGCGCAUGUUGUGAUAAACCUUGAGUUUGCGCUUGAGCUACACGAAAAUGCAAAUUCUUCAGAACCAAAUAAAGUAGCUGUGGUGGCUGAUGUCCUCCCAAUUGUGAAAUCUUCAUCCUCGAAUGAGAUAGAAAACAUCUCUGUCUUUCCUGAAGAGGUGAAUGAGAGACCUUCAUUACCAGAAGAAUUAGAACAUGGUGAGGAUGCUGCAAAGUUUACCGUCAUUUUGGAAAAGGAAAAAGCACCAUCCUUUCUAACCAGACUAAUAACACGAGAGAAAAGAACAACACAACAAAAACUGACCUCCUCUAACAUGAAAAACGCCUCGUCUCCCUUGAAAAAUGUGGUAAAAACUACGAUGCGCAAGCUAUCAAGACUUUGGCCACGGGAUGCAAUUCAGAAGAGUGGAAACCAAUACAAGAAACUUGCCGUUGAAAUGAGCUCGGUGUCAGCACCGGUGGUGAACAUGAAGCCUAGACUUGAAACUUCUUCUGAGGGUCGAAAAGCUGUCAAGUUUUCUCAAAGUCCCAACUUAAGAGCUUUCUCCUAUGCACAAUUGAGGGAUAUCACAAGAAAUUUCCACCCAGAUACAAUACUCGGUGAAGGAGGUUAUGGAAAAGUUUAUAGAGGUUUGCUCAAAGAUUAUGGAACUGAUUCUGCCGCAGCCGUAGCUAUUAAAAAGGUGAAUCCUACAGGCAUGCAGGGUAUGAAAGAGUGGCUGUCUGAAGUAAGGUUCCUGGGAAGCAUAUCUCAUCCAAAUGUGGUUAAGCUACUAGGCUAUUGUUUGGAGGGUAAAUACCAAUUGCUCAUCUACGAAUACUUGUCGAAUGGAAGCCUAGAUAACAUUCUUUUUCCAAGGCGUGCUACGCCACUUCCCUGGGAUGUCCGACUCAAGAUCUUGAUCGGGGCAGCUAAUGGCCUAGCAUACUUACAUUCUUUAGAGACAGGAGUUAUCUAUAGGGAUUUCAAGCCCUCAAACAUUUUGCUUGAUGAGUCAUAUAAUGCUAAGCUCUCUGACUUUGGCCUGGCAAAAUGGGCACCUAAUGCUAUAAACAGCCAUGUCUCCACCCAAGUUAUAGGGACAUAUGGUUAUGCUGCUCCAGAGUACAUUGCAACGGGUCACUUGCGCGUGAAGAGUGAUAUAUAUGGUUUCGGAGUGGUGUUGUUAGAGAUUCUAACUGGUUUACGAACUAUUGAUCUAAAUCGUCCCCAAGGGCAGCAAAAUCUAGUCGAAUGGAUGGUGCCACUUCUAAUCCACAGGAAAAAACUGAUGCGUUGCAUGGAUCAUCGGUUGGAGGGAAAGUAUCCAGCCAAAAGUGCAUUUGAAGUUGCUCGACUUGCCAAGACUUGUCUCGAGCCUGAUCCCAAGAAUAGGCCGUCGGCUCAAGAAGUUCUCGAGGCACUGGAAAGAAUCCAGUUGAUGCACACACAGUAGCAUUAAUGCUUAUGAGACUUUAUCCAGGUUGUAGGUAUGUAUAGCAUUGGUGAUGUUCUUGAAGAGGAGGAAGCUCAGGAAAUUCAGGUUCUGUUUACAUGUAUUUUUUUUUUAGUUUUCAGUAUUAUUCAUCUGUAAUAUUUUUUUAAAAAUGAAUUUAAUGUUUUUUUUUUUCCACUUGUAGUAUAAUAAAUCAAGGAAAGGACAAUUCUAUUAUUAAUGGAGUUAAAAUAAGUGAUAAUACUGUUCUAAGAAUAAUAAAAAAUGUAAGGGGUUUUUUUCUUA